AUGGUCAAGAGGUUCCAAGAAAUAUACCAAGUGUAUGGAAUCGUUGGAGUGCCUCACGUCUCGAGGUACAAGGAGUCGACCUUGAGUAUAAACGAGUCGACCCAGGAUCUUUUGGGUAUUCGGAGGCUACGCUCUUGUCAGUUUUCUCAGAUAGAUGUCGACAUUCGGGAAGUCGACUGGACAAUGUCGACAUCCGAAAAAGUCGACCUAGAGGAAGUCGACUCCUUCAGUCGACGGGUGCAUGUCGACAUGUCGAAUCGGUUUGAGCCACUAUCCGGUCGAGUAGAGAGCCUUUGGGCCGGUAUAUCUUUAUAUGGCUAUAUCACUAGUCUUCAAUCCUUCAAAUCCCCAAAACCAAAGGACCAUAAUAUCAAAUCCCUACCACAAGCAAUGGCAUCAACAACAAUUCUGAUCAUUGUUCUUUCCCUAGCCAUCUCAACUCAAUCAAUUCUUAGUAUGGACAUCCUUUGUGAGGACCUCGAUGAGAAAUCAUGCGCGUUCUCUGUGUCGUCAUUCGAAAAGCGAUGCGUGCUUGAGAGUCGCCUGCGCAUGAGCGGGACAACUGCUUACACAUGUGGGACAUCCGAGAUCGUGGCCGACAAGAUUAGAAACUUGGUCGAGACCGACGAGUACAUCAGGUCGUGUGGGGUCGACAGACAAGCACUUGGCAUAUCGUCCGACUCGCUCCUUGACCGCAGGUUUACCCAGAGCCUAUGCUCGAGAGCAUGCUAUAACAACUGCCCUAACAUCGUCGAUCUCUACUUCAACCUUGCAGCCGGAGAAGAUCAUCUCAUUGAAAUAACAAACAUAACAUAG